CAGAAGCAAAGUUCCCAAUGUUUAAGCUGCUUCUGUGGCACCCAUGGUCUUUGCUCCCUCCUAGGGCUGAGCCUGGGUGAGCAGCACUCUUGGCUUCCACGCAUGUGUUCCCAGAGGGACCUUCUCUGAACUAUUAGCAUCUCUUCUGCUACAGAAACUCAAGGGAGCUCUUUAAUGGGAAGAAAUAUAGAGGCUAAGAUAAAUGUUCAUAGCAGUUUCAGCAAGCCCCAAAUAGCUUGUGCCUGUUUCCCUUGUGAUAACGUCAGGAAGUGGGGUGAUUCCCUCUUCCUACUCCUUCUUAAUGUUUUUGGUGAAUGCUGUGCUUGAAUACUGAGAUCUGUUGCUGUGAGGAAUAGGCAGAGUGGAGCAGACUAUUAUCCCCCAGAGUAUAUGGGCUAAGUGGUUUCAGAACAUCUGAAAAUGGCCUUAAAGUGUGAAUAAAGGCUUCUAAGAGCAGUGAGCAGAGAAGCACAGUGAGGGAAAAUGGCUUUGCUUGAAGUCUCAUAGCAGCAAGUCAGUAAUAGUGCUGGGAAAGGAUCAGAAAUCUCCUGACUAGUGGGCUGGUGCCAUUGCAGCUAAAAGAUGUCGUAUUUAAACAGGAAAGCUUCUUACCCUGUGCAGCUGCUUUCAGAUUACUCAAGAGAAUAGCAACCCCCAAAACAUGUAUGUGUAUGUACGUGUGUAUGUGUGUAUAUAUUCAAUCUGUCACUUAGAGGGAUUUUUAUACUAACAGUUAAUUACAUUUUCUCAGGCAACACUGAGAACGUGAGAUCUGGAAAAGAAUUUGUGAAAUAAAGACGAGCUGCAAAGGAAAUUUUUAGAAAGUGAUGUUAUUCCCAGUUUGCUGCAUAACAAUUAAUCUCUUAUUUUUAAGAGAGAAUGAGAGCAGAGAAAGCUGUGUGCCGAAUUCAAGUUUGGAUCUCUCGUCAUUUAAAAAAAUAAAUCACUUGAAGAAAGAUUGUUGGUUUUGUUUUCCUAACAUGGAAGCUGAGGAAGCAGAUCGGCAUUUUAGAGAGUAUGAUAGAAGGAGUUAAGCAGUGAGUUAACUGCAUCUGUGUUCCAAAUCCAAAUGCUACGAACAAGGCGCCAUUCAGAUCUUCAGUUAUAAGAUUUAUGCUGAAUUCAUUAUGCUGGGUUUGAAUUCUGUUGGGAGAAAAGAGAAUCAUAGAUCUGUUAAAAGUCCCUUUUCCCAUUUUGCUGGCUUGUUUUUGAAGAGAUGAAGCAGGGUUCUCCUUUUCCAUCUCCCUGUAUUUGUCUAGCACUUACGCAGGUCGUCUGCUAAUUAUUAGCAGCUGUGAGGCUACUGAGUUACAUAAGUAUAGCUAGCAGUCAGCAGAGCCUUGCAUCAUUCUGCGGAUCUGUUCAGUGCAACAACAGAUAGGUUUUGUAACUUGCUUGACAUGGGCAUCAAACUAUUCAAGAGAGCAUCAGCAGGCACGGGAGGUCAGGAAAUCCUUUAAGUCGUAGAAAUGGGGUACAGUAAUGUGCUGUUGUGUUGUCACAGCAGCAUGCUGUGCAGCUGGCACGUGUGUUGUUGGCAGGCUGUGAGGAGGGCUGUGUUGGGCUGAUCCCCGACAGCUGAGCUGCCAGCUGCACAGAGUGGGAUUGUCUGGGCCAGGAGAUGGGCAGUAGGAGCAGAGCAGGUGUAGGGGUUUGGGGCAUGUUGCAGGUUAGCCAUGCUCUCUGACAUGGCUGCAUACAGCAAGCUGUCCUCAGUGUUAGAGAAGGCUUCUUUACAUUGGGAGUACGCACAGCUGGCAAUUUGAGGUCUCUUGGCCAUGGAACUGCCUCUGUGAAGGAGAGUGUGUUGGUGUGGGCGGCCCGAGGCUGGCAGAGCUGGGUUCUGCCUCUGGGUUUGUAAUGCUGUCAGCACAACAUGGGAUUUGGUUAGCAGCAUGAGUUCCUUCCCACAGAACCUUCAGGGAAUACAGAAGACUUAAUCCACUGCAGUUCUGGGUAUUAAGUCACAGACUGCAUAAUGAGCUCUCUGAUCCAGGCUUUGAUUUUUGUUUUCAGAUUGCUCUUGUCUUGUUCUCUGCAUUGCUGUUUGAAAGACCUCUGUAGGCAAAAAACUGUAAAAUCAAUAUUGUGAUUUUGCAGUGAUAUCAAAUCUUCGAAACACGCAAUCUUUACUGUACUUGUUCUGUGGAAUUAGAAUGGUAAAAUGAGUUCCAGGAAGUAGGGUAUCCCUUCAGACUCUGGUCUCUGUUAGUGGCUCGGAUCUGUUCCCUGGAAUGGGAAAGCAAGAGAGGACUUUGCCUGAGCUUCCAUUCUCUUUAUUUAUUUAUUUGUUCAUUAAAGCAGCAAUGUGAACAGUGAAGUCCGAGAUUCACUACCUUCAAUCAGUGGUUUCUCCCCACCUCUGGGGAGUGAGAACAGUGGAUAAGGCCUCAUGAGCUCACGGUCUGGCAGCCUCUGAGUUACAUCGGGUGAUCGGCACAGCCCUCAGGUCCCCAGCAGCCUGAGGCAGCACUGUAGGGUCCACUGGUGCCAACUGGGAUUGUCCUUAUAUAAGCAGCUUGUGCAGAAUGGUGCCUGACUUGUAACUAGCAUUAGCUAAGUCCCUUUUUUUAUCACUAUAGGUGAUUAAAGGGAAGGAUGUCCUUGGAGGAAGGGGAGGAACUGGUUACUCUCUCCCCCUGCCUCCUGCCUAGGAAGUGGCUGUUAGAAAACAGCUAGUAUUCUUCACUUACUGUGUGGAAACCCUUUUGCAUCAGCAGUACUAAGCUCUGCAGACCUCUGUUUCCCCAUCUCAUCGAUCCUCCCACAGCAGUCACUUUAGUCAGUGCUCUCCUCAGGUUAUGAUUUGCCUAGCACAUGAAUAGCCUUAGUUGUGGCAUUUCCUAAAGCUCAUCCUCUCCUAGCCUUCAGUUUGCAUGGCUUUCUGUUAGCCUCAUCUCCUGGGCCCUUAGCAGACUCUCUCUAACUUCUUUGGCCUUCUGCAGUGGAGUGUCUCCUGUUCUGUUCUGGGAUGUCCUACAUCUCCAGCAGUCCGUACAGGAGCAAGGAAGUUCUUGCGCAGUCUCCCACAGAACAUCAAGCAUGCUGGAUACAAGCUGAACUUCAUCUCAGCUCCUACCAAGUCUGUUCACAUUGUAACUGUUACAGACUGGGGCAGAUUACUUUUACAAAGCACUUUACUGCUAUCUGAGAGCCUUCUCUGGACAAAGCAAGAGGCCCAGGGUAUUUCCAAAUGUUUGUUUUGUAUUUCCAUGCAGGGAAAGACAGAGAAUUUUCUUCCUUACUUUCACAUUUCAAGUUACUUGAAGGAGUUUUAAAAGGAAGUAUCGAAUAUAAACUAUAAAGGGUGUUCUGUGUAUGUUGCAAGUAAACAAAGCCCUUGGUCAUGCACAUAGUGAGUUUGCAUGACUUGAUGUAUUGACCUUUUUCUCUGCAUCUCCAUUCACUUACUUGCUCCUUGGUGGUUUUUUUUAUAGUUGUACAUAUUGCCUUAGAUUCAGGACUUCUGAGAUAGGGAUGCAUUUAUUUUUUUUUUUAAUGCUCUCUAAAAUGCAUUUUCUAUUCCAGUAGGAUGAAAUAAAAUUUAGUUGAUAGCAAAAUCCUGGGGUAUACUGCAUGCUUACAUGCAGUAAUGCAGAAGUAAUGCCUUCUUAAGAGAAUCCAGAGGAAUACUUAUUUCCUCAUCCUCUGGUUUUGCUUUUCAUAGCAGAUCUUUACAGGCUUGAUAUCUCCAAGACUUACUGUGGCUUACUCUUUUCCAUUUGUGCAUGUGUUCAUGCAUGUUGAUUGGAGUUGGAGGAAGACAUUAGCUGCUAUAGGGAACUAGAAAAUAGGAUAUUCCGUAACUGACAAACUGGACAGGUUCCUCCUUUAUUCUUCUAAAAUAUGCCAGUUGUUUAGUGGAACACCCCUAAUAAUGCAAGUGAAUUGCAGGGUGAAAGGCAGUUGGAUGUCAUCAUGCACAGUACUUAAGUGAGAACACUAAGGGACAUUGUGCUUCCAGGGGAAAGAACUGUCGUCUUCUGCUUUUUGUUACUUCAAAAGUUUGCCAGGAAAGUUUCCUCUUAGGAGCAAUAACAGAGUUUACAAUUGCUUACAAUAAAAGUGGUAUAACACUGCUCUUUGCUUAGGCUGGGAGCUUUUAUUCCUCUUGCAAGCCUGUUUGCGCACUGUCUGUUUGCUAAUCAGUGAGACUGAUUAGGCAUUAAAGAACUCGUGGUUGUGAUGCAGUAUACUAUGGUGUUUUAACAGCUCCCAAGGCCUUCACUGUCAACUAUGCACAGAAGCAGAUAAAAACACAAUGGAAAAACCCUGCAAGAAGGGAAAGUAGAAAGAACACAGUGUAUUUUUACCUUCUUCCUUUUAUCUAGAGAUAAGGAAGUGUCCCACUGCCAUUUCACAGCUAAGCUUGACUCUGUGCCUUAGGAAGUGAGGAGAGACCAAAAAACCCCACCAGUGAACUUGUGAAACAGCAGGCAGUGGCACUCCUUGGUCCUGUGGUGCCCUUGGUAUGAUGUGAGGUCACUGCAGGAUGGACAGGAGCACUGUGGUGGGACUGCCCUUGGCAGCAUCAGGGCACCUCUUCCCCGGGCUCCCCAGGCUGUUGUCCCUGAGGUGUGUGUGUGGUGUUGCUCCCUCUGGCUGGGGCGGCUGCUUAGUUUUGGAAAUCGGGAUAACUUUGUUCCUGCUGCAAAGCUCCCACAACCUCAACAUCUUUCUUCCAAGGGAUUGGGCUAUCACUGUGGUGUGUGACUGUUUGGAGGGGGUUGAAACUACAGUCUACAAGCGCGUUUGAUGCAGCACACCUCAGCUCUAUCCAGUAACGUUUUCACCAUUUAUAAUCUUACUUCUCUGUAUUUAGUUCUGGCAUAUUCAGGUCCUGAUUCUUUUGUUUCUCAACAGAGCAUGUGAUCCUGGUAGCACUGGAGUUUUCUGUAAUGCACACCAGUGCAGGAUCUCCAACCCUGUCACUAGGGAAUCCUGCCUGAUGUGAAAUUAGGGACCGUUUUUUUAACUAUUCUUAAAAAUAUAAUUAUGGAAGUAGUUAGUUUGAGUGUUCAAAGGUCGCCAAAACCAGCAUUCCCAAGAGCACCGUGGUGCACUAGCUUUCUCAUUAAAAGUUAGGAGAACUGUCCCAAUUAGCAGCAAAAGGCCUGAAGUUAAAUAUGUCACGAAGUUUACCUAGCUCCAAAGUGCUAACAGUGGAACCUGAAGCAGGAGCAAACAGCCUGUGUAACAGCUGCCAUAGCCAAGCCCCUGCUGGCAGCGCAGGAGGUGGCUACAGCAGCACCUUCGGGCUCACACAGUGAGCUGUGGUGCACAGCAUCACCUCCCUGUGCUGCCUGAUGUUCCUGCUCUGUGACAGGCUGGCUCUGCUGGGACUUGGCCCACAGGCAUCUGGCUCUACCAAAAUGACUAGAAGUGAUUAAAAGUGCAGUUAUAGCCUUCUAUAUAGCCUUCUGUGGGAUUUCUGCUGUUCCAAGCCAGAGCGCUAAACUGCAGCCCCUACUUUUACUCUCAGCUAGUGAAACUGGCAGCUUAUCCUGACCUCUAUGGUCAUGGAUUCAGAAACCCAGCUUAUCUUAACAUGACAAGCUGUGAGGAGAGCUGGCAUCCUUAACCUGCUGUGAGGCAGAGGGGCUGCUUUGUGUCUGGUCAGUGCAGCCUCGUGGCAGCAGCUGAGCCAUAGCAGUAUAGGGAGGCUAGUUUCUAGAUCAGCAAUUUAUCUCUAAGCUCGAGGAGUUGGAAAUAAACAUCACUGUUUUCUAUCAGUUUCUGUGUAGUGUAAUUGCAAUAAGUUGGUAAUCCUAAGUCUACAGUGGUUCCUGCUCAAAAUGAUGUUGAGGAGCAACUUCAGACUGGAAGGCACUGUGGAGCAGCCAGGUGAUGGAUGUGGGUUGAUGAUGCACCCUGAUGGCUCUGAAAUCACCGUGAGCUGUCUGGAUGCAGCCCCUGCAACUGCCAGGGGGGCUGCAAUUGCAUGUAUGUGAGGGGCAGCGGCAGCGCUGGCUUUCCUGAGCAAGCAGGGAGCUUCAGACUCAAGGCUUGUCUUCAUGUGCCUCUCAUGGAGUCUGAAAUUCCGUUAGCUUGGCUAGUGUUCUCCUCAUUCAUAGUGAUCAACUCCACUAAUUCUUAGGGAUAGCACAGAUAGUUAACUGAGAUUAUGGCAGUGCGUAUACGUAUUCAUAAAUUGAGCCUCCCUUUCUCCUGUUUAUUCUUGGGAGAAUAUUCUUUUUUGAUAAGUGUUAAUGAAAGAAAAAUCCACGAUCCCAUCUUGUAUGUGAUGUGAUCUUGUUCUCCUUACUUGGGCGCACCUCUGCUCAGUGUGGAGCUGCUGGCACUUGGACAUGUGCGAAGAGUAACAAGUCUCAUCCACUGCACAGCAGAGGAGCUGGUACUGGUUUAUAAUAACCCAGUAAGUAUGUACAGACUCUGAUCUGUUGUCUAUAUUUGGCAUCUAGAGGCUCCUGAUGUGGAAAAUACCGCCCAUGGGAAAAAUGUAAAAAAUGGACUAAAGUUCCUGCUCUUGAGGACUUAUUUAAAAAACAAACAACAAAACAAAGAAACGGGCAUGAGCUUUGGGUAGGAUGCUGCUGCUGUAACAUUGUGUGCAGAUCUUUACGCCAGUGAAAUAAUGCCAGAGUGUACAGCCUGGGAAAUGUUCCUGUGAUCUAAUUAGCUUCAGGAGGUGCAUUCUGGAGUGAAUUUGUCAGGCCUCGUGUUCUGUCCAAGCAUCUCUCCAGCUUCUGAGGAGAUUUCUUAGCAAGAUCAGCUGGAGCUCAGCCUUCCACCAUGCCUGUGCCUCCCCCUCCUGCACCCCCGCCGCCACCAACACUGGCCUUGGCAAAUACUGAAAAACCAACUCUAAGCAGGUCAGAACAGGCAGGGCGAAAUGCUCUAUUAUCUGAUAUCACCAAAGGAAAAAAGCUAAAGAAGACUGUUACUAAUGACAGAAGUGCUCCAAUUCUAGACAAACCCAAGGGAAGCAGUGGAGGUGGCGGUGGCUUUGGAGGAGGUGGCAGUGGCAGUGGUGGGGGUUUUGGCGCUGGCAGCGGUGGUGGCGGCUUCAGUGGUGGUGGACCACCUGGCCUAGGAGGCCUUUUUCAAGCAGGAAUGCCAAAGCUCAGAUCUGCUGCAAGUCGAGAUGCUGAUGCUGGGGCAGCCCGCCCACCCGCACUGCCGCCUGGAGCCCGCUCUGCAGCUGCCAAGCCAUUCUCAGCGCCGAGCGGCCCGCCUCGCUUCCCAGGGCCACCGCUGGGGCAGCGGAGCCCAGCUGCUGACCCACAAAGGAGCCGCCUGCCACCACCCAGGCCCGAUGUGGGUUCUAAGCCUGAUGCCACACCGCCACCGGUGCCCAGCACGCCCCGGCCCAUUGCCUCCAAUCUGCACAGCCGGGGUUCAACGCCAGUGCCUGUCCUCAACCGCCAGCCCAGCCUGGGGCCAACGCCACCGCCAUUCCCGGGCAGCCGAGGCGCAGGGUCAGCUGGCUCCCUGCGGCAGCCCAGCCCAGGCCCAGCAGCCCCCUACUCGGGCAGACCACCACUGCCACCCACACCUGGCCGCUCACCAGUAGAUGAGAAGCCGCCGCCGCCGCCACCUCCCUCUGGGCACCGGCCACCUGCCAGCCGGGACAUGGCCGUGCCGCCACCACCACCGCAGAACAACAAGCCACCCGUGCCCGCUUCACCGCGGCCACCCCUCGGAGUUCCUGCGCCCCCGCCACCCCCCAGCAGGCCGGGGCCACCCCCCGUGCCCCCUGGUCCCGCCAGCAGUGAUGAAAUGCCACGACUGCCCCAGAGGAACCUGUCCCUGGUGCCCCCUGCUGCGCCCAGCUCUGGGGGCGGCCGCUCCGGACCUUUGCCACCACCGCCCAGUGAGAGGCCCCCUCCGCCCAUCAGAGAUCCCCCCAGCCGAGCAGGCCCCCUGCCACCACCACCUCCCAUCAGCAGGAAUGGAAGCACCUCAAGGGCUUUACCUGCUGCUCCCCAGCUGCCUUCCCGGGCUGGGCUGGAGAACCAGAGAGGUGGGCCCCGGCCACCGCUUCCCCCAGACCGGCCGGGGACAAGCGCACCACCACCACCACCACCACCUUCAUCAGCGCUCCGGAACGGCUUCCAGGACUCAGGCGACGAUGAGUGGGAAAGCAGAUUUUCUUUUCAUCCUAUAUCUGAUUUGCCACCUCCAGAGCCAUAUGUACCUGUGAAUAGAAGUUAUCCCAGUAAACUAGCAAGAAAUGAAAACCGAGGAGGCUCUGGUCGAAAAGAAAGAGGUGUCCCCCCUCUUCCCCCUAUACCAAGGUGAAGUGGGUUCUGGCCCUUUUUUGGGCGACAUCUGUUUUACGAGGUUUCCUUCAAGUCAGCUCUCCUGUCCACGUUGUUGGAAAGUUGUCUGUUUUGCUCUGUUUCCACUUUUGGCUUGUCAGCUGGAAUAAACUUCAGUCUAUUGCAAAAGUAAUAGACAAAGCUUAUGAACUAUAGUUGCUCAAAGCUAUAAAUUUUGUUCGCUUAUACUGCAGGCUGUCCUGAAAGGCAUUUUAUGGACCAUGCCCGACAUACAUGCAUCAUGCUUACCAGGUCCAGCCCUGUCCUCUUGAGAGUUCCACAGAGGUCUGGCUUUGAAUUUAACGAGAGCUGGAACAAAGCUGUUUCAUUCAUGUGGGGUACAGUGGCUGUAUUAUUUGAUCAAUCAAAUACAAUCUGUUUGCUGUUUAUAAACCAACUGCCAGGGAACACUGUAUAGCUGAGAAUCCCCUGGAGCCUUCUUUGUUUGCCUGACCUGGUCCAUCUGCUUCUGCGAGCCAUACUCCUACUACAUGGGAACCAAAAGUUUAUCUUAAAUCUUUUCACCUCAGCUUAGUCAAGUAAUUUUGUAAUUUUCUAUACAAUAGAUAGCACGUCCUGUCCUGAGGAUGGAGUGUGUCUGGCCUUAUUUUUAUCUGCAGAGAAUCUUCCAAAAAAGAGCACAAGUGAAGAAUUUGGCCGCAUAAGAAUAUCUUUUUUUCACACCUUUUUUCCUUGUUUUGUAAUAACAUUACAGUUUUAAUCACUUUGUGCUUUUCUACUUUGAUGUGGACUAUCCUACAGUCAUCCGUGUCCUGGAUUAUUGCAACGCACUCUUCCUGGGACUACCUGCAGAGAAUUCUUCAAAAGUAGUCUUAGUGGAAAUGCAGCAGUUAUUGUAAUUUUUCUUUCUGUAAAACAUUUCUAACACCAGU